AUGACAUCCACUUUUACCGCUCACAUAGUGGACCAGUAUUUACCGGAAACGCCGAUCGUCAAUGUGAUCCGUGAUAUAAUCAACGUCAAUGAGCGCGCCGGUAUGCUGGAGGAGGCCUUCUAUGUGGUGGACGUGGAGAACAUCAUCGAAAAGCACCGAAAACUCCUUAAAUACAUGCCGCGAGUGAAGCAAUCCCUCGCCGAUAGUACUGGAAAUACUCGCCGGACUGGGAAUAAGUUUCGAUUGCGCCUCCAGGGUAUGUCCACAGAUCAGUUAGCACUGGGCGAGAUUGAGACAAUACUGAAACUAGGUGUUAGUCACGACCGAAUUAUAUACGUCAAUCCUGUCAAAGCCCGUUCGCAUAUAACGUUUGCCGCUGAGGUGGGCGUCACAAAAAUGACGUUUGACACAGAGUACGAGCUCCAUAAAGUACAGCGACUGCAUCCCGGUGCUGGCAUGGUGUUGCGCAUACUUGUAUCAGAUAAAUCCGCUAAAUACCCCUGGAAGUUUGGAGUUAGAUUGCACCGGGUGCGCGACCUAUUGUUAGUGGCCAAGCAACUUGGUGUAAACGUAAUUGGUACUAAUUUCCAUGUGGGCAGUCUAUGUCAGUCCGGUGAGGCAUAUUCCAGGGCUAUUCGCGAUGCUAGAUAUGUGUUUGAUCUGGGUAAUGUGUUAGGCUUCAACAUGCAUCUACUAGAUAUUGGUGGUGGUUUUUCGGGAACCAUCACUAGUUUAAAUGAAACCUCGAUCGACAUGGCCCAGACUGUUUCAAAUGCCCUGGAGUAUUAUUUCCAGGCUUUCAACCAGACAACUGAUUUCACCGUUAUAUCGGAAUUUGGACGAUACUAUGUGGACACGGCGUAUACAUUGGCCGCCGUAAUAGAGGGCAAAAAGCGUGUCAUUCUGGACGACGACAAGAGUAAUAUCCGCCCGGAAAUGAUGUACUAUAUUAUGGACGGUGUGUACCAGUCGUUUAGGGAUGCCUUAGUCGAAAAUGAUUUCCAUGAUCCCAUUCCCCUCAACCCCCAUAACCCAAAUGAGCCUCUAUAUAACACCACAGUAUGGGGUCCGACGUGCGAUAGUGUCGACGCCGUCCGGAAGGGUUUUUGGCUACCGGAGCUGAGAAUCGGUGAAUAG